ACGUGACGCCAUUUCAAAACAAAUGCGCGGCAACGAAUUUUAUUUCGCACCGAAGCAUUGAGUGAAAAGUCGUGAAAGAAGACAGAUAAACAAAAUAAAAUGGGAGCAAAGGUAACCAAAAUGGAGGGUGAAUAUCUGCCGGAUACGCCGACACUAAACAAAAUGCGACUGGCCAGCGAAAAGCAGGAAAAUGUGGAAAUGACGACGCCAAUUAGAGAGCAAAACAACGCUUUACUUGAUCCUCGUUCACCAAAUGGCUGUCGCACUCCCUUAAAUUUUUUGCAGAACGGAUCGCAGGUGUCGCAGCCGCGUGCUGUGGAGCAGGAGGAGCAGCAGGUGGCCUCCAGUGAGAACGCCUUCACCGUGCUCCGAAAACGUUUGCUCAAGGGCUUCUCCCUCAACGAUCCCCGCUCCCCGCAACUCAAUCGCACUCCCCUGGUCCUCGACGAAGUGCGCUCCCUUAAUUUGGACGACACCUUUGCCGAUCUCUUUGUGGACACCAGAGUGGGUUCGGCUCAAGCUGCAGCAGUGCCCGCCACUCCUUCACCUCCCCAAGUCGACUUAGAGGAGAGUUGCGAUAGCUUUGGCACGCCGCCAUCUGCUCCCCACAACAACAGCUCCCUGGAGAUCGUCUCGCUGUUCUACGACGAGGAGGAGACGCUUCCCUGCGAGGAUCAGCUGCAGCAGCAUCAGGAGAAGCUGGCCACGCCGCCUCCUGCACAGCAGCAGCUCCAGCACUGUGAUCCUCGUUCACCCAGCCUGGGCGUCGAUCGCACACCCAUCAUCUUCUGCGAUGACGAGGACGAGGAGGCACGCGAGGCCCAGAUGUUGGAGCAUAUUUUGGAAACCUUAACCCUGAAUCUUAGCACUGGCAGCAGCAUGGCCUCCUUUGCGGCUAACGAGGAGCAACCAUCGGCCGUGCCGGCCAACAAGCAUCUGGAGCGCGUGCGUUUGGGUCACAAGCGAAGGGUUCCACCACGCAAGCCGGCCAGGGCCAACAAGCCAAAGAUUUACAUUGACCAGGAGGAGGAGUCACCAGCGGGAGGUGGUGCCAUCACACCCAAGACAAAUAGUACACCGCUGUCCGCUCAGAAGCGCACACCACUCAGUUGUGUUAAGAAUAAGCCGCAUUUCCGUUCGCGCUCCGUGGAAAAGGAUCUUAGAAAGACGCAGAUUGCUCCGGUCCAGAACUUCAACGAUCAAUUGAGGCUAAUCUCCGGCGGCGAGGGACUGAAUGGACCCAUUUACUAAACCAGUUUAGUAGUUAAUAUUGCCUUAUGCCCACCUAUAACCCACCAAAUCAUUAUGCAUUUUCACAAACUCAUACAUUUAUUAUUCAUAUUUUAAUAAAAACAUUUUAUUAGUUUGCUUUGAAA